UCUUCAGACGGAAAGAAUUGGGAGAUUAAUAGUCUACGUCAUCAUGUUGUCUGAGGUGGCUAAAUUUUACCGGCACGACGAACUUAACAACAUGACUCUCAGAUCAAAUCUGUCAAUUGCGAUACCAGCAAAGCGAGAAAGAGGGACCGGGUAUGUCGUCACACAACAGUUCAUCUUCUUCGGCAAAUGAUCCACGCCAGCCAUCGGCGGCGAAGCCUUACGUACAGCCGAUUGUUUUGCCUCAAGAUCUUCCCGUUGAUUACGCUGGUUUCAUCGCCGUUGUUUUUGGUGUUGCUGGCGUAAUGUUCAGGUAUAAGCUCUGCUCAUGGCUUGCUGUCAUAUUUUGUGCUCAAUCACUUGCCAAUAUGAGAAAUAUUGAGAACGACCUGAAACAGGUUUUGAUGGCCUCCAUAGAUAAUGUGUGUGGAAGUUUUCAUGGGUGGUGUGAACCUGUGAAUCAAAGUUCAACUUCAUCAAGUGGCAACAUUAACGUGGAUGAGGGUUGGAAAAUUGAAAAAAAAACACCUAUAGAAGAAAUGCUAGAGAAGGUAAUAGAAGAUAUUGCAAAGAUGAAGAAUAAUCUGAAGAAGAUGAAGGAAGAACAAAGAGAUACUAGAGAUGAGAUUGCAAAUAUUAGGGGAAUUAUGUGCCAAUUGAGAACAAUUUAUAUUGUUUUGAUUUUUAUUGUAGUUGGAGUAGCAAUAAAAGUGAUUUGAAAUAAUAUAUACCAGGAAUUUAGAUAAUAGAAAC